AUGCAGUCGAGGACUGUUGCAGUUGCCACAGUGCUUUUCUUUGGGGUGGCCCUUGCCGUUCCCAUCCAAAACUCUGGAUCCACAUCUGGAGCACCGCCAUCAACGAAAUUGGAACUGGCUGAACCCAAAAGCAGCACACAACCUGCGGCUCGUUUGGCCGAUGAUCCCGAUGCGGAUCGAAACAAGCGCCAUCUCGCUUUCGGAGGCAUCGGUAUAGGAGUGGGGCUGAUCGGUGGAGGCUUCAGCCCGUACGAUCACUACGGACACGGAGGAUAUUUUGGAGGCCAUGAAGGAUUUUACGGAGGCCAUGGAGGACACUUCGGAGGCGAUUUCGGAGCGCCGUACGGGUUCGGUGGACCUUACGGAUACGGCCAUCCGCACGGCUUCGGAGGCUUCCACGGUCCGUACGGAGGUGGAGGAUACGCCAGUGGGUACCACUAUGGCUACGGAUCGGGAUACAGCGGUGGAUUCUUCGGCUAG